UGUGAACGAGAACUCGAGAACAACUGAAAAGUAAAAAUUUUUACAAUUUGUAUUAAAUAGUCAAUUUUAUUUGUUAGCAUAUUGUGUAAUUAUGGAAGCCGCAGAAGAUAUAAAAGAUUUCAAAGUUGAAAUUAAAGAGGAGCAGGAGGAAUAUGAUUUGGAAUCGAGUAAAUCUAUCAGUCAGCUAUCUACAGAAAUUGAAAUUGAAGAUGUUAAGAAUGAAACCAAGGAUGAGUCAGGGUUUUCCCAGAACGGAAUGGAAAUAAUGAAAACUAAACUGGCAUGCCCUACAGAACAACAAAAUGCAACCACUGAAGAAACAACAGUAAAGAAUUCUACAUGUAAAUGUAAAAUUUGUUUUAAGCAAUUUCACUACAAAAGUUCUUUGAAUCGACAUAUAAAAACGCACUCUAGCGAAAAGCCUUACAAGUGUGACAUUUGUUUAAAACAAUUUACUGCAAAAAGUGAUUUGAAAAUACACUUGAGAGUGCACACUGGAGAAAAGCCUUACAGGUGUGAAAUCUGUUUUAAGCAGUUCAGUCGAGCAGGGCAUUUGAAAGUACAUUUGAGAGUUCACACUGGAGAAAGACCUCACAAGUGUGAAAUCUGUUUUAAGCAAUUUAGUGAAGCAGGUGAUUUGAAAAGACAUUUGAGAGUGCACACUGGAGAAAAACCUUACAAGUGUGAAAUCUGUUUUAACCAGUUCCGUCGCACAGGACAUUUGAAAGUACAUUUGAGAGUGCACACUGGAGAAAAACCUCACGAGUGUGAAAUUUGUUUUAAGCAGUUUACUCGAGCAAGUCAUUUGAAAGUUCAUUUGAGGUUGCACACCGGGGAAAAGCCUUACCAGUGUGAAGUUUGUUUUAAACAGUUUACUCAUAAAAUUUCUUUAGAUGAACAUACAAAAGGUCACACUGGAGAAAAGCCUCAUAAAGGUUCUCCUCCUUCCAGAUCUUCCUUUUCGUUGGGUUUUUCCCAGAACGGAAUGGAAAUCAUGAAAACUGAACUGGCAUGCCCUACACUACAACAAAAUGCAACCACUGAAGAAACAACAGUAAAGAAUGCUACAUGUAAAUGUAAAAUUUGUUUUAAGCAAUUUAACUACAUAGGUUCUUUGAAACGACAUAUAAAAACGCACACUAAAGAAAGGCUUUACAAGUGUGACAUUUGUUUGAAGCGGUUUUCUCAGAAACAUAAUUUGAAAACACAUUCGAGAGUGCACAAUGGAGAAAAGCCAUAUGGGUGUGAAAUUUGUUUUAAGCAGUUUACUCAGGCACACGAUUUGAAAAGACAUUUGCGAGUGCACACUGGAGAAUCGCCUUACAAGUGUGACAUUUGUCUUAAACAGUUUACUCGAGCAAGUCAUUUGAAAGUUCAUUUGAGGGUGCAUACUGGAGAAAAGCCUUACAAGUGCAAAUUUUGUUUUAAGCAGUUUGUUCAGAAAAGUCAAGUGGAAAGACAUUUGAGAGUGCACACUGGAGAAAGGCCUUACAAGUGUGAGAUUUGCUUUAGACUGUUUAUUCAAGCAUACGAUUUGAAACUUCAUUUGAAAGUGCACACUGGAGAAUUACCUUACAAGUGUGAAAUUUGUUUUAAAGCAGUUUAGUCAAAUAUGCCAUUUGAAAUCACAUACGAAAGUUCACACUGGAGAAAAGCCUUACAAGUGUGAAAUUUGUUUUAAGCAGUUUGCGCGAAAAAAUGAAUUGAAAAGACAUUUAAGGGUGCACACUGGAGAAACACCGUACAGGUGUGACAUUUGUUUUAAGCGAUUUCGUCAAGCAGGUGAUUUACAAAGACAUUUAACGGUGCACACUGAAGAGAAGCCGUACAAGUGUGAAACUUGUUUUAAGCAGUUCACUCGAAAAAAUUAUUUAGAUGAACAUACGAAAGUUCACACUGGAGAAUAUCCUCACAAGUGUGAAAUUUGUUUUAAACAGUUUACUCGAAAAAGUGGUUUGAAAAUACAUUUAAGGGUACACACGAAGGAGGAAUCACCUCACAAGUGUGAAAUUUGUUUUAAGCCGUUUAUUCAAUCAUGUGAUUUGAAAAGGCAUUUGACAAUGCACACUGGAGAAAAGCCUUACAAGUGUGAAAUUUGUUUUAAGCUGUUUUCUCAGAAAGUUAACUUGAAUAGACAUUUGAAAUUGCACACUGGAGAAAAACCUCAUAAGUGUGAAAUUUGUUUUAAGCAGUUUAGUCAAGCAGGUCAUUUAAAAGAGCAUUUAAAAGUACACACUGGAGAAAAACCUCACAAGUGUGAAAUUUGUUUUAAGCAGUUUAGUCAAGCAGGUCAUUUGAAAGAACAUUUGAGAGUACACACUGGAGAAAAACCUCACAAGUGUGAAAUUUGUUUUAAGCAGUUUAGCGAAGCAAGUAAUUUGAAAAAACAUUUGAGAGUGCACACUGGAGAAAAACCUUAUAAGUGUGAAAUUUGUUUUAAGCAAUUUACGGAAAGAGGUAGUUUGAAGAGUCACUUGAGAAUACAUUGUGCAUAAAAUCCCAUAUAUACAAAACCUAUUCUCAGACAAUAGAACAAUAAAUAUUGAUAGACAAACAAACAUCGAAAAUACCGACUUGCCCAUCUUAACAUCAGAAAUAAAAUACGCCUUAAAAAAUAUGAAAACCGGAACAGCCUCUGGACCUGACUAUGUUCAUAGUGAAAUUAUUACAACUUUUGGAAGAAGACAAUUUAGAACUAUUGUCAAGACUCUUGAACAGUAUAUACAAGAGUGGUACAUUUCCACAAGAUUGGUUAACGUCUACGUUUGUACCUAUACCUAAAUCAAACUACGCAAAAAAAUGUAACGACUUUCGAUUAAUAAGUCUCAUGCCACAUAUCUCAUGUCUCACCCAGAUGGGUCCGGAACAAUUUGGCUUUCGAAACGGCUCGAGAAGCUUUGUUCAGUUUCAUUGUUCUCAUGUAAAAGUGUCGGGAUCAACAAAAAGAUGUCUACUUGUGCUUUAUAGACUAUGAAAAGGCUUUUGACAAAGUCAAACAUGAUCAGCUAAUAGGAUGCUUGCAAAAAAAGAACCUGGAUCCAAACGACAUUAAUACAAUACGUGAACUUUACUGGAAUCAAAACGCCUCUGUUAGAGCCGAAAUGGGUGAUACAGAAACUAUAAGCAUCCAAAGAGGAGUUAGACAAGGUUGUAUAUUAUCAGUGGCGGCUGGUCAGAGGAGGCAAGGGAACCUUCGCUAAGAAGACGGCACCCAAAGAAAUAAAAUCCCAGUAAAAAGCUUAAAAUGCAUAAAGGCCGGCGCCCACUAAUACGGAACGGACCAUAUCGAUCGGAAUUUUAAUAUUUUUGUGUAUUCAAAUGACUCAGCGCCUACUUUACGGAAUCGUAGAACAUCGCUUCACACCGCAACGCACCGAUAUAUCGGAAGAGAAUUCUUUUGCUGUUCGCCGUAGUGCAGUGUAGCGAUUCGAUACCCAGUGUAGGUAUAGUUAGCGCUUCCACAACGGUCCGUCCGUUGUAGAAGAAAACAAACCGAAAAAUAUGUACGUGGGUGGUCCAAAGGUUGUCUUUCUUUUAAUGUAAGCGGAUAUUAGUCGAUGCUGAAUUCAAUGUGUUGCUGUCGGAUAAGUAUCAUUAUAAUAAAUAAUGGUACAUGUAAGUUUUCAAAGAAAGCAUAGUACCUAUGAUUUUUAAAGUGAAAUAAUUAAAUGUAUUUUGUUUUGUUAGAUCAGUUUUUAUAAUAGACCAGAUUAUGAUGAUCGUCCGUCGAUGAUCCGAACGUUCGCUAGUCCGAACGCAAAAAAAUUAUAAAGUUAAAAAAUAUGAUCGCGGACCGAAUUUUUGGAUUUAAUAUGACAAUAUGGGUAAAAUAUGACCGCGAAUUUUUGUUUUAUUUAUGCAGAAAUACAUACAAUAUAUUUGUUUAUUAUGCAGGUGUUUUAUUCCUUGUAACUAAAGCGUAUGUAUGCACUAUGUUUAUGAGCUUUGUAUGUAUUUUGAACAUAUGUUCGAUAAUCCGAACUACCCCUGUACCAAUUAGUUCGGAUUAUCGACGCUCUACUGUAUCGAUAAAAUUUGUUUUGAUGGUCGAUUAGAUCAAGGAAUAAAGUAGCAAAUUCCC